CAUCUACAGUACUUUAUGCAGCAUCAAUCGUCUUAACAUAAUGAAGAUAACAUUUCGAUGUCCUCAAAAUGUCUUCCCAAAAAGGUAGAAAUAAAUCUUCAUGUGCUCGCACUACCACCAUAAAACCAAUCUUCACAACCCUCCCCCAAGAGCUCCAAAACCAAAUAAUAACCUACGUUCUUACCUCCAAAUCUCUACCACCACCUCUUCCCUUUCUUCUUUCAGAACCCUCGAUUCCAUCAUCUUCCCACAGUUUCGCUCCUGCAUCUACCCCAUCUGCACCAGUCCUAACAAUCCCGUUGCAUACGAUACGUUCAACAUUCCCGUCCCACCCGGCAGAAUGCCUAAUGGCGACAUCGAAAGGAUUGUAUGAGAGUACAGUCCGCCAGUAUGAACAUCUCAUACAGAACAGUUGGGGCGGUGAUGCGAAGAGGGAUAGUGCUGAGGGGGGUCUGACGCCGAUCCUGCAUUUGACGAUCUUGGAUGCCACUACGACACUCGCGAGUUGGAUUCGUCCUAUUGCACUGCCCUUAUCCUUUAGCCAGAAAGGAGGAGGAGCAGAUCGGGUGGAAUUCAUACCCCAUCUCAUAAUUCAGCUCUCUCUUGCUGGCUUGUAUCCUAAAAUGCGGCCUUCGACUACAUCAAAAUCUACGUGCUGCCCACCUCGCAACCUCCCAGGGUUCGUAAAUCCGGAUCCUCAAUUAGUCAAGGUUGGGGCGUUAGUAGAGAAUUUGUUGGGUGGAGACCGCGCAACGUUUUUGCUCGUCGUUGUGCUGAGGCUGAUCGUUACAGGCCGUGUUUAUGGAUUCGCAGGUAGCGAAGGCGACGGGGAAUUGGCGGCGUUGGAACGGGUUGUUAAAAGCUAUGUUUCAAGCUUUCCCCCGUCUUCGACCAGCGGCGAAAAUGUGAAGAAGACUCGGGAUGGCAGUAUCAAAUUGAAGAUCGGCAUGAUAGAGUUCCAGCUCAUACACCCACCACCAGAGAUCCCAACUGCGGAGACGUAUGGGGAAACGAGGGUAUACACGGAGCACGAGCUGCAAGACUGGGACGUCUUUGCCAAUUCGACGUCGAGAAAGAUGACGUGGGAUCCUGUUCACGCGAUGGUGGGAAGGUUCGUGUACUAUCUACGUCAAAUCUUGGUUUCCCCAGAGUUUCUUAAUAGCACUCCUCUUGCUGACGCUCGUGAGACGGAGCAGCGGGAAGGGGCGUUGGUGGUGGAAGAGAUAGCGAUAGCGAAUAAGACGAAGAGAGAUGUCUGGAGCGUUAGAAGGGGGAUAUUGAAGAAGACGAGGCUCGAAUGGAGGGUUCAUUUCUUCGGGAAGAAGCACGCGAGGAGGCAGGAGACAGAAGAGGAGAGGGAGUUCUUAGAUGCGGAGCUUGGGGUAGGCUGGGAGGAUUGGUGAUGGUGCUUCAGGGUAUGGCUUGUUUAUUUUUGACAUAUCAGUCUAGAGUUGAGGGUUUGGUGUGCCAUGUCGGCAUUCGUGCUUCUUUUUUUUCAAGGUCUAGAUAUACUUAGACUACUCA